AUGGCUUUAUCAGUGGCAGGGCUGCUCCACAGUUCAGCUGCAGCCUUGCUGCACCUCUUGGGAGAAGGGCCCCCACCUGGACCAAGGGCCACAUUCUUCUGGUGGUACAGGCAGCAACUGGUAGUUAUAAAGUUUAACCCAUAUUUCAAAAAGAAAGUCACUGAUCUGAUACCUGACCUGAUCCUGUGGCAAGACCAGCAACUCUACCUGUCCUUACCAAAGAGUUAUAACUGCGUGAUUUUGUACUGCCUAGCAGCUGCGCAGCUUUAUGUGCUUAGGCAAACUGAGUGCCAAGAUGAAAAGUUGGAAAUGCAGCAUUCUACACCCAUUCUGGAAAGCCCCGCACCGCUCCCGCCCAGCCCCGCACCGCUCCCGCCCAGCCCCGCACCGCUCCCGCCCAGCCCCGCACCGCUCCCGCCCAGCCCCGCACCGCUCCCGCCCAGCCCCGCACCGCUCCCGCCCAGCCCCGCACCGCUCCCGCCCAGCCCCGCACCGCUCCCGCCCAGCCCCGCACCGCUCCCGCCCAGCCCCGCACCGCUCCCGCCCAGCCCCGCACCGCUCCCGCCCAGCCCCGCACCGCUCCCGCCCAGCCCCGCACCGCUCCCGCCCAGCCCCGCACCGCUCCCGCCCAGCCCCGCACCGCUCCCGCCCAGCCCCGCACCGCUCCCGCCCAGCCCCGCACCGCUCCCGCCCAGCCCCGCACCGCUCCCGCCCAGCCCCGCACCGCUCCCGCCCAGCCCCGCACCGCUCCCGCCCAGCCCCGCACCGCUCCCGCCCAGCCCCGCACCGCUCCCGCCCAGCCCCGCACCGCUCCCGCCCAGCCCCGCACCGCUCCCGCCCAGCCCCGCACCGCUCCCGCCCAGCCCCGCACCGCUCCCGCCCAGCCCCGCACCGCUCCCGCCCAGCCCCGCACCGCUCCCGCCCAGCCCCGCACCGCUCCCGCCCAGCCCCGCACCGCUCCCGCCCAGCCCCGCACCGCUCCCGCCCAGCCCCGCACCGCUCCCGCCCAGCCCCGCACCGCUCCCGCCCAGCCCCGCACCGCUCCCGCCCAGCCCCGCACCGCUCCCGCCCAGCCCCGCACCGCUCCCGCCCAGCCCCGCACCGCUCCCGCCCAGCCCCGCACCGCUCCCGCCCAGCCCCGCACCGCUCCCGCCCAGCCCCGCACCGCUCCCGCCCAGCCCCGCACCGCUCCCCGCAGAGCCCCGCACCGCUUCCUGCUCCCCGCCCCGCGCCCUAAGGGGCUGCGGGACAGGGCUGGCGGGGCUGAGAAUCCUUCUCGGCGCGGUUCCCGGGCGGCAUCUUGCUCCUGCGGGGGAUGCUUCGGGUAAACGGGCAAAAACCGCCUCUCGCUCAACCUCAGGCUUUAAUUUACCGCGUUGUGCAGCGGUGCAGCUGGGGGGUGCGGUGUGA